AUGACAGACAACCCACUUUUCGAGGAAGAAGCUGUGGACGAGCUACAAGAUGUUGAUGACCUCGAGGAUUUGGAGGGUUUGGAGGGUUUGAAGAAGAAUGGCAUAAAGUUUACCCCGUUCAAGCUCGAGAGUAAUGAGCUUCCGUUGUGGAAGCCGGGUGAUGUUUUUAAGCAUAGAGAUUUCUUCUAUGACGUGUUGAGACAAUACGCAAUAAUGACCAGAAGACGGGUGCACGUGAAAAGAAAUGACAGCGACAAACUUCGAGCCAUUUGUAAAGGGCAAUGGUGUGAGUGGUAUGUAUACUUGAGGAAGCACGAAAUACACAACGGUCAUGAUUACGUUGUGAUGAAUAUGCAACGCGAUCACGCGCACACAUGCUCUCAGGUGUUGGAUUCGAAGUGGCUGACGGCAAAGUGGCUAGGUGAGCGUUAUAUGGAGAAGAUCAAAGGCAACUCUCACAUUCCACUUGCAGCUAUACGACAGUGUGUUGAUGAAGAUUUUGGCCUGAAGAUAGGUAGGAUGAAGGCAUAUCGGGCCAGAGAGCACGCACUGGACGACAUAUUCGGCUCUGCGGCAACCCAAUACAGAAACUUAUUCUACUACAAAGCCGAAUUGGAGCGGACGCACCCUGAUUCCAGCAUUCAUAUACAUUAUGAGAAUACGAGGGAUUCUGGCGCCGUGGGCCCGAGAUUCCUAAGGUUCUACUGCUGCCUAGGACCAUUGAAAAAGGGAUGGAUGCUAUUAAGUCGGCCAAUUAUCUUCUUCGACGCUUGUUUCUUACGAGGGAUGUACAGAGGACAACUCAUGACAGCAAUGUGGAUUGAUCCCAACAAUGGCUGGUGGCCGAUUGCUUGGGCUGUGACUGAAGUCGAGAGUUAUGUCCAGUGGAAGUGGUUCGUGGAGUACUUGUCUGGUGACCUAAACUUGCAUGCAAAUGGGCCACGAUAUGUGUUUAUUUCUGACCAACAAAAGGGGCUUGCAAAGUUGAUUGCUGAGGAAUUCCCACAAAGCGAGCAUCGCUUUUGUGUUCAGCACAUAUACAACAAUUUUAAGAAGAUAUUUGUUGGAGAAAUUUUCAAAGACCGGUUGUGGGAGAUUGCCUCGAGUACCACCGUCAAACAUUAUGUGGACAAGAUGGAUGCUUUGCAGACCGAGUAUCCCCAAGCACAUCAGUGGCUUUCUGGAGUUGCUCCCAAAGAAAAGUGGGUCAAGGAGCUUGUUGACAAGUGGUACGCGAGGGCUUCAUCGUGGAGGGCUACAUGGAACGGACAGUCUUCGUACCAAGUAACUGGGCCGUCUGGCCAAUAUGUUGUCAACAUGCGUGAUUUCACAUGCUCCUGUAGAUUGUGGCAGCUAACCAGAAUCCCGUACACGCAUGCUAUUGCAACAAUCAACAAGAAUGGCGACGACGUGACGCGAUUCGUCUCCCGAUAUUAUUUGAAGUCAACAAUGAUCAUGCUGUACGAGAAUGUCCUUUACCCCAUCAAUGGGGUAGACAAUUGGCCCAAGUCUACUUUUGAUGGUGCGUUGGAACUGGCGCCCCCGCGGACAAAGCGACAGCGUGGUAGGCCGAAGAAACGAAGACGUGAGGAGCCCCAGAUUCGUCUUCAUGCGGACGGAGGUGAGUCAUUGCUCCGCACCUUCUUAAUGAAAUGUUGGCGGUGCAGUCAAGAAGGUCAUAAUAAGAGGACAUGCAUCAAUGAUCCUCGGACAGAUGCCCGUUCUCAGGUUGGGGAGACUUCGCAGCACAACGGGUCGCGUGAAAGUGGUGAGAGUACUUUGCCUGAAUCGUCAAAUAAUUGUCGAGAGGCAUAG